UUCCGAGAGAGGAAUAGGAGGCUGGCUAGUGGCUGGAAAAGAGUCGACUAACCAAAAUAGUUAGAUCUCACUCUCUCAGUUUCCCUCUGCUAGCAAACUUGACAAUGGCGGAUCCAUCACUUCACCAUGAAGUUCAACCCAUCAAAGAAAUAGCCAUAGACUAUACUCCAGAGGCCUGCACCCACUGUCCCGUCUCCAACUCCAUCACACUCACCUUCGACCACCGCGGAGGCGCCAGAUGGCGUUCCACCACUCGCUUCCUCUACGGCACUUUCACUUCCCUUAUCCAAUGCCCCAAAGGCAACACCAGUGGCCUCAACUUCAAUAUUUACCUCUCCUCUCUCGAAGGCGACAAAUCCCAAGACGAGAUCGAUUUCGAGUUCCUUGGCAAAGACAAAACUAUAGUCCAAACCAAUUACUACUCAACAGGAACUGGGAACAGAGAGCAGAUUCAUGAUCUGGGUUUUGACUGCUCCGAUGGGUUCCAUGAAUACACAAUCAAAUGGAAUCCUGAUUCUAUAGAGUGGGUUAUUGAUGGGAAGGUGGUGAGGAAAGCGGAGAAGAAGGAAGGUGAGGGAUUUCCUGAGAAGCCCAUGUUUUUGUACGCUUCGGUUUGGGAUGCAAGCUACAUUGAUGAAGCUCGAUGGACUGGGCCUUACAUUGGCUCCGAUGCUCCCUAUGUUUGUCUCUAUAAGGAUAUUCAAGUGCCUGUCAACAACACUGUUGUCGAAUGUUCUUGUGAUUCAUCAUGAUCUGGCCUGUUCUUGCUUUCUUUCGAGUUGUGUUCGUCUGAGUGUCUCUUGUUGUUUGAUGGAUCUUUUCUUUGGGUUUUCCCUAUAUUAUCUUUUACUCUAUUGUGUGUUGCAAGUUGUAAUUCGCUCUCUGGUUCGUCUUAAUAAUCUCAUUUUCCUUUCAUAAAAA